GUAAAGUUUGCGUAAAAAUGACCACCUCUUUAAAAAAGUACCAGAAACCUUCUAACCAGCGAGGUGAAUUAUUUGAUUUUUUCUACAUCCGUUCCUUAGUAAACCUAAUGUCAAAUAACGAAGAAAAGUUUGAUGAUGACACGGAUGGGAGAAUGUUGUUCGAUGCUAUUAGAAAAGGAAAACAACACUUAGUGAGGUUUAUUCUUGAGGCAUCUCCAGGAAAUAUUGUUAAUGCCAGAGAUUUCAACGGGAAAACUCCCUUGAUUGUAGCUUGUACUAUAAAGGAGGAGUUGAGACGCACUUCGGUAUCCAGACUUUUACUCUUUCAUGGAGGAGACGUCAAUCUUGCUGAUGAUAAUGGUAGAACACCACUGAGUUACGCCUGUGAAAAAAGAUGUAACGACCUUGUAGAGGUCUUUGUUAAACACAGAGACAUAGAUCCUGACACGACAGAUGACAAAGGUAACAGUCCGUUACUGUACUGUACAAUGGUUGGUAAUGACAUAGGAACCAAUUCCUUGGUUCGACACUUUCGGAGGCUAGGUUUAAAAGUUGAUAAUGGAAACAAAGAGGGUUUUACACCCAUAGUUAUGGCUGCUAGAAAUGGAUUUAUUUCCUGUGCUAGGAUCUUAUUUCAACAAGGGCAGGCCUCUUUGUACGUACGCGACCCAGUCAAUAAUUUGACCGUAGAAGAAUUAUUGGAGAAGAAUGGCUUUACGCUUGACGACUUGCUUCCAUUCGAGAGACAACAGGAAGCGAAAAGAAGAUUUAAGAAGGUUAUCACUUUUGCAAAGCUAAUGAAAGGAUUAUCAUCUUCCCGACAGGACACUGUGUAUGAUCGAUCUGCUUUCCCAAGGAGAUCACUCGAACCGGUUACCGACAAGUUUGAUAAAGAGCGUUUCCCUCCACCACGUCGAUCAAAUCUGAGAUCAGUACCACUUCCACCUGUUAAGCUCUCUCCCAAAGUGAAAACAAAAGGGAAAGGAAAAAUGUCUUUGCGACGGGAUCGAAUUGUUUCAAAACCAAAUGGAACAGCAGUUAUACCUGCCAUCUGCAGUGAACGGCGAAGUAACAAGGGGUUCCCCAGCGUCAGCAUACAAGCUUAUGAAAAAUUUUGUACGAAAGAUAGCUCUGAUUCUGAUAACACUGAGGUUGAGACAUGUUCCGAGAAUGACGAAGAAUCAGACUUAGAAAUUACAAGUGACGAGAGCAUAUAAUAUAUAACCCUUAUAUUGAAGAAAUAUGAAGU